AUGCAUAAUCAACUUAAAUUAGCAGACAACCCUGCAAGCGACGUAGAUGCAACCUCACCAACCUCGGAGCAACAACCAUUGGAACCAUCAAAUAAUGCGACAUCUACUUCGUCACCCUCACCAACAGAAUCAAUAGAAUCAACUCUACCAGGCGUCAAACUACCAAAAACUUCAAUACAAUGGGCUUUGACAAUCUUAUCAGAUCAACAAGUAAAGAACUGCGAGCCAAACUGUUAUCAACAAAAAUAUCAAAAUCUGAUGAUAACCAGAAAAAAUGCCAACUACCAAACUGGACUCAACAGCUACAAAAACCAUCAACACCCUGCAACACAAGCCCUCCAUCAUGCCACGAAAUAUCUACAAUAG